GGGUCGGGGAUGGGGUUUGGGUGGGGUGAGGAGGAUGAGGAGGAGGAGGAGGACUAUAGCUGAAAGGUGGUUACCAGAGGCGAUGUGAACAGGACAGGGUUUUUCGAUGCGAGAAGUGGCCCUCCAGAACAGCUUUGCCUGUCAUCGUGAGAUUGCAGGGUUUGGGGUUGACUUUUUUCUCAAAGGAGCUAUCGCUAGAGACUUGUUAUACAGCGUGUUCUUAUUUUUUUAAAGUUUUUAUCUUCAAAGAAAAAAAAGAGGCGAAGUUGCUGGAUUCUUGCAAAGUUGGUCCUGCAAUUGUCGCCUUUUUUGUUUUUUGCUUGUCUGCAAGUUGUGAUUACCACCCCAUCGAUUGUCUAUGUGUUAUUUUGGCAUUCCUGCAAGACUGGGGUAUCACUACAUGCAUCGGUUCCUGCCUGGUAGAUACCCGCCAUUCUCAACUGCGUAAAUUGUUAUAAAAAGGGAGGUCAUUCGUAGUGACUCCAGACUACGAGAACUGUGCUCCACCAUUAGAUCGCAUCCUUCAUUGCUGCCAGCAUCAAGCUGCUCACCUUUGAUGAUUGACGGCGACAGGACAACGGGAUGCAUAAAAAAUUAAAGCUGCAGCAAUUAAAGUGAUUGACUCUCAGGAACGAGGUAGGGAGCGAAGCUUUGUUCCUGUCACGUGUGAGGUCGUCUCAUGGCAGAUGGAAGCGAAUGCACGCAGACAAGAAAGGUCCGUUACUGCCAACCAGCCUGCAACACGAUGACCCUAGGUCAUCAGAAAUGUCUUCUGAAGCCGGUGGAUCGUCUGACGAGUCCACUGCCACACUGACAUCACGAAAACUCAGCUUCGGAAUCGACCAGAUUCUGGACUCCACGACCUCUUUCAGGUCGCCAGGGGUCAGGCCUAGUCAUGGUAGAGAUGCUGACUUUCGGCAGUAUGUGAAGUUAUUGAGGGACGGCGGUUCCCAUGGCGAGAGCCAAAAGGAAAGUGGUGUUCAUCAGUACAACAGUUUUAAUGACUGGGUAGGAAAGUUCCACACAGUAAGCACUGGCAGACGCCCUCUCAGUUCGAUGACUUUCUCGCGAGCAAGUGAUGCGUGUCAACGAUCAUUGACAACGAUUUCCUCGACUGGUCCGUGCGGUGUCCUGGGAGGACAGGAAGACACGACGCCAGGCAUGUUGCCUCUGUUUGGGCCCGGCGUGCCACUCACCACCAACCCUUCGUGUACCUUCAGAGGAGCGGAAGCAGCUUGGGCCGAACGCUGUCCAUUACCAUGGCAACCGACUCAACGAGACAAGCUUGGAGUCCUACGGCGGGUAGGCCACCCGUACCAGAACCGCGCGCCACCCAAGCGGAAGAUGCCGAGGACGGCGUUCACUCGCCAGCAGAUCGUGGAGCUGGAGAAGCGGUUCCACCGUCAGAAGUACCUGGCGUCCGCGGAACGCUCCGCCCUCGCCAAGCAGCUCAAGAUGACAGACGCGCAGGUCAAGACGUGGUUCCAGAACAGACGGACGAAAUGGAGAAGACAGAAAGCAGAAGAAAGAGACAUGGAGCGACAUGCUGCACAACAGUUUUUUCUUAGUUUACGGGUGGACGAAAACCAACCUCUGUCCACCCCUGUUUGUCUGCCCCUGCCGCCACCUACGUCUACAAUAGACAAAAAAUAGACAACAGUACCUGCCUCUGGGGUCUCCUCUGUCUUCUUCCCAUCCUACAUCUGUAGCAUUUCCCUGCUUCUCAGUCAUCUCUUGCAUCUUCUUCCUCUGCUACUUUUCUUGUCUCGAUUCUUCCUUUCCUUUCACUUUGCGAUUCUACUUCUCUUGCCUCUGUCUCUGUCUCUUCACUCUCCUACUUCUCGUUCAUCUCUUCCAUCUCUUGCUGAUCCUACUUCUCGUCAUCUUUGUGGCCUCUUCUUUCUCUCGCUUUUUUCUUCCCUGUAGUCAAGAUCUCAUUCAGAGCUCUUUGAGCAAUGGAGGUGAGAGUUUCAACAGCACAGAAGCUUUCAACGUACGUGGAUUGACAGACAGAAAGGCAGAUUCACGCAGAAAUGGAUGAAGGAGAAAGAAAGAAAGGGAGAGGAGACACAUGGUGUAAAAAUAUAUACAGAAAGUGGAGGCGUUUUUUUUUUCAGGCAUUUGGCUGCAGAUCGAAAUCGAAGGUUAUUUGUUUUAAAUAAAAUGUUUCUUGACAUACAAAAUGUGUGUGUGCUUGUGUGUGUGUGUGUUUUAGAUGUUUUUUGACAUAAAAUUCUGUGUGUGCGAUCGUGAGCGUGAAUACCACAAUUGUCCAUCUUGAUAGAGGAAAGCUUGCAUAUCAACAAGAAGCACCUACUUAAUCAAAAACUGAAAAGUAGGACUACAUCUUUGGCGCAAUAGACUGCUGUGAAGGGGUGAUCUUAAAAACUAAGACCAUUCAUCUAUAAUCAAAUAACAAAAGUGUCUGUGGGCGUCAGGCAAGAAACAGGUCAGAGGUCACAGUGUUGACCCGCUUUCACUGUACGUCCUUUACAAUUCUUAAACCAUUCGCCAAAUGUCACUGU